AUGCCUCAACUGUUGGAAAUGAUUCCAAAUUCGUUUCAACAGUUGGAGAAGAUCUUAAAUAUGCCUCAACAGUUGGAGAUUAUUCAAAAUAUGCCUCAACGGUUAAUGGAAAAUCCCAAUAUGCUUCAAGAGUUUGAGAUGAUUCUAAGUUUACCGCAACACUUGGAGAUGAUUCCAAAUAUGCCUCAACAGUUAGAGAUGAUUCCAAAUAUGCCUCAACUAUUGGAGAAGAAUUCAAAUAUGUCUCAACAGUUGGAGAUGAUUCCAAAUGUGCCUCAACAGUUGGAGAUGAUUCCAAAUAUGCCUCAACAGUUUGAGAUGAUUCCAAAAAUGCCUCAACAGUUGGAGAUGAUUCCAAAUUCACCUCAACAAUUAGAGGAUAUAAGAAAUUUUCCUCAACAGUUGGAGAUGAUUCCAAAUAUUCCUCAACUGUUGGAGAUGAUUCCAAAUAUGCCUCAACAGUUGGAGAUGAUUCCAAAUAUGCCUCAAAAGUUUGAGAUGAUUCCAAAAAUGCCUCAACAGUUGGAGAUUAUUCCAAAUUCACCUCAACACUUGGAGGAUAUUAGAAAUAUGCCUCAACAGUUGGAGAUGAUUCCAAGUAUGCCUCAACAGUUGAAGAUGAUUCCAAAUAUGCCUCAACAGUUUGAGAUGAUUCCGAAAAUGCCUCAACAGUUGGAGAUGAUUCCAAGUAUGCCUCAACAGUUGAAGAUGAUUCCUAAUAUGCCUCAACAGUUUGAGAUGAUUCCGAAAAUGCCUCAACAGUUGGAGAUGAUUCCAAGUAUGCCUCAACAGUUGAAGAUGAUUCCUAAUAUGCCUCAACAGUUUGAGAUGAUUCCGAAAAUGCCUCAACAGUUGGAGAUGAUUCCAAGUAUGCCUCAACAGUUGAAGAUGAUUCCUAAUAUGCCUCAACAGUUUGAGAUGAUUCCGAAAAUGCCUCAACAGUUGGAGAUGAUUCCAAGUAUGCCUCAACAGUUGAAGAUGAUUCCUAAUAUGCCUCAACAGUUUGAGAUGAUUCCGAAAAUGCCUCAACAGUUGGAGAUGAUUCCAAGUAUGCCUCAACAGUUGAAGAUGAUUCCUAAUAUGCCUCAACAGUUUGAGAUGAUUCCGAAAAUGCCUCAACAGUUGGAGAUGAUUCCAAGUAUGCCUCAACAGUUGAAGAUGAUUCCUAAUAUGCCUCAACAGUUUGAGAUGAUUCCGAAAAUGCCUCAACAGUUGGAGAUGAUUCCAAGUAUGCCUCAACAGUUGAAGAUGAUUCCUAAUAUGCCUCAACAGUUUGAGAUGAUUCCGAAAAUGCCUCAACAGUUGGAGAUGAUUCCAAGUAUGCCUCAACAGUUGAAGAUGAUUCCUAAUAUGCCUCAACAGUUUGAGAUGAUUCCGAAAAUGCCUCAACAGUUGGAGAUGAUUCCAAGUAUGCCUCAACAGUUGAAGAUGAUUCCUAAUAUGCCUCAACAGUUUGAGAUGAUUCCGAAAAUGCCUCAACAGUUGGAGAUGAUUCCAAGUAUGCCUCAACAGUUGAAGAUGAUUCCUAAUAUGCCUCAACAGUUUGAGAUGAUUCCGAAAAUGCCUCAACAGUUGGAGAUGAUUCCAAGUAUGCCUCAACAGUUGAAGAUGAUUCCUAAUAUGCCUCAACAGUUUGAGAUGAUUCCGAAAAUGCCUCAACAGUUGGAGAUGAUUCCAAGUAUGCCUCAACAGUUGAAGAUGAUUCCUAAUAUGCCUCAACAGUUUGAGAUGAUUCCGAAAAUGCCUCAACAGUUGGAGAUGAUUCCAAGUAUGCCUCAACAGUUGAAGAUGAUUCCUAAUAUGCCUCAACAGUUUGAGAUGAUUCCGAAAAUGCCUCAACAGUUGGAGAUGAUUCCAAGUAUGCCUCAACAGUUGAAGAUGAUUCCUAAUAUGCCUCAACAGUUUGAGAUGAUUCCGAAAAUGCCUCAACAGUUGGAGAUGAUUCCAAGUAUGCCUCAACAGUUGAAGAUGAUUCCUAAUAUGCCUCAACAGUUUGAGAUGAUUCCGAAAAUGCCUCAACAGUUGGAGAUGAUUCCAAGUAUGCCUCAACAGUUGAAGAUGAUUCCUAAUAUGCCUCAACAGUUUGAGAUGAUUCCGAAAAUGCCUCAACAGUUGGAGAUGAUUCCAAGUAUGCCUCAACAGUUGAAGAUGAUUCCUAAUAUGCCUCAACAGUUUGAGAUGAUUCCGAAAAUGCCUCAACAGUUGGAGAUGAUUCCAAGUAUGCCUCAACAGUUGAAGAUGAUUCCUAAUAUGCCUCAACAGUUUGAGAUGAUUCCGAAAAUGCCUCAACAGUUGGAGAUGAUUCCAAGUAUGCCUCAACAGUUGAAGAUGAUUCCUAAUAUGCCUCAACAGUUUGAGAUGAUUCCGAAAAUGCCUCAACAGUUGGAGAUGAUUCCAAGUAUGCCUCAACAGUUGAAGAUGAUUCCUAAUAUGCCUCAACAGUUUGAGAUGAUUCCGAAAAUGCCUCAACAGUUGGAGAUGAUUCCAAGUAUGCCUCAACAGUUGAAGAUGAUUCCUAAUAUGCCUCAACAGUUUGAGAUGAUUCCGAAAAUGCCUCAACAGUUGGAGAUGAUUCCAAGUAUGCCUCAACAGUUGAAGAUGAUUCCUAAUAUGCCUCAACAGUUUGAGAUGAUUCCGAAAAUGCCUCAACAGUUGGAGAUGAUUCCAAGUAUGCCUCAACAGUUGAAGAUGAUUCCUAAUAUGCCUCAACAGUUUGAGAUGAUUCCGAAAAUGCCUCAACAGUUGGAGAUGAUUCCAAGUAUGCCUCAACAGUUGAAGAUGAUUCCUAAUAUGCCUCAACAGUUUGAGAUGAUUCCGAAAAUGCCUCAACAGUUGGAGAUGAUUCCAAGUAUGCCUCAACAGUUGGAGAUGAUUCCAAGUAUGCCUCAACAGUUGGAGAUUAUUCCAAAUUCACCUCAACACUUGGAGGAUAUUAGAAAUAUGCCUCAACAGUUGGAGAUGAUUCCAAGUAUGCCUCAACAGUUGGAGAUGAUUCCAAAUCUGCCUCAACUAUUAAAGAUGUUUCCUAAUUUGCCUCAACAGUUGGAGAUGAUUCCAAAUAUGUCUCAACAGUAG